CUUUCACAAUGGCUACCAACAGCAUCAAGUACACAUCUGAGCUAAUGCCAAUGCGCCCUUCCACUCCCAGCCGCGACGAGAUGCUGAAACAUCUGAACCAUUCAAUAGCCAUCCAAAAGCGCGCCGUAACAUUUGGGAAGCGUCCUUUCGGUGCCAUCCUUGUGGGGCCGGAAAGCGAAGUAUUGCUUACACAUCAGAGCAUUGACGUUGUCAACCACGCAGAAGCUUCUCUAGCUCGUUUAGCAGUAACGCACUACUCUCUACCUUUCCUCUGGAAGUGUACGUUAUACACGGUAUGGGAGCCAUGUCCGAUGUGCACCUCCACCAUCUACUGGGCUAAUAUCGGUCGUAUCGUCUGGGCAGCCUCAAAUGAUGCCCUACUGGAACUUUGUGGUCCUUCGAAUCCUCAAAACCUCGGCUUUCAUCUGGGAUCUGUAGAGCUUCUAUCCCGGGGAAAGAAGGAUAUAAAAUGUGUGGGUCCUUUUGAGGAAUUAGAGAAGGACGUAUGCAAAGAAAGUCAACCUUACUUCAGUUGAAGCUGACAAGUCAUGUCGUGCGAAUUCUGAAAUCAACUGUGUAAUGUGUAACGAAUAAGAGCUUUAUCGAAAUUACC